AUGCCCUGUGGAGGCCCGAACGAGGCGCGCAUCCGACCUCCAACAUCAUCGUCGCCAACCGUCCGUGAACAUGUGCAACAAGAGCCUGUAGCUCUCGGGGCCUCAAAGCAUUUGCUGAGCCGGACUAGGCUACCCAAAUCGGCGCCGCGCAUCGCUAGCCGAAGCCCUAUCGAGGCUGCUGAAGAAAAAUUCCCUGUCGGUCACGCGGAAACGGGCAGCGAUCCGAAGCCAUCUCGAGAAAGCAGCAAGGCGACGAAAACCCGAUGGGAGGAACCAAAACGCAGCAUUACCAUGGGUCCGGAACGGCUGAAACAAAUUAAUGGAGCGACCAGGCCAGUCAAUACGCUCAGCGUGAGGCGACACGAGUCCCUCAACGAUGCAGAUGCCCCAGCAAGCAAACGCCAGAAGAAGGAUAUCGUUCGAACGCACGACACGACAGCGAGCCCGUAUUUCCACAGACCUAAGCCAUCGAAGAGUAGCGAUAUCCGAGAAACGCACGUGGAGGGCUCGCAUGACGAUAUAUAUGACAUUAGAAGUAUUUCAAGCGCAGGAAACACAAGCCUGGGCGCAUUAGGCUUGGACGAAUAUCGCCACACCCAACCGCCUAUCAGAGGAAAGAAUAAAGGGAGGCGAAGGCGAAGCCAGACUUCAUCGAACUCUGUUCACCAAACGCAGAGCGAUGCUGUUGGCACCAAACUCGACGGGUACCAAGCUCCCGGUCCUCAAUCUCCGAAUCGAAAUCGAUUACCCAAGGAUAUAGACAGCCCGGAUGUCCUCGCGUCCGAACAACGGCCAUCGACGGUAACAAAUGCAGGCUUUGGCGCCUCUCGAUUUUUCAAAAGAGAUCGGCCGCAUCGCCUCGCAGAAAACAGUCGCCCCCAGAUUAAGCGUCAAAAGCCUUCGACGGUCAAAGAGCCUAUCGACGUCUCAGAAGACGAACUCCAGGCCGAUUUUGCAAAAUACACCACAUCGAACGACAGCAAAAAUACGGCAUCAAGAACUCCCGCUCAUUUGAACCACCAGAAAAAAGCUACCAUGCGAGGAGAUAUCCACCCUACGGUUUUCAAGACUUCAUCGCAACGACAGGCGCGAUCUGACGACAUGGCCAUAGUCCGAGCGGUUUGUGGGAAAUAUAUCUACGAGCGCGGCGACAAUCCCGAAAAGGUGUUUUUGCGCCGAGAAGACAAGGAUGGCAGAAGGCUUGAAGCCAUACUUGCGAAUGGCAGCGUCGCAAAGGAGCAUUCUUGGCUAGGCAUUGAUCUGGAUCAAGUUUCUUUUUAUGGAUAUUCUGAACCGUCAAGUCGCUAUGGCUACAUAAUGCGUUCGAACAAAGGGGAUGCAGGUCCGAAGCUUUAUCUGGAAUUCGAAAGUAUCAACAAGACCAAGGAUUUCUGCGACCUUUUAAGAUCUGCGAACGUUCUUCGGAGAUACAUCGAGGACCUAGGAAAGAAGGCUGAAAAGGCAUUUGAUGACGCGAAGAAUUGGAUGGCUUCCAAUAUAGCCUCUUCUAACAUAGCCUCUAACGAGGAUUAUAAAAAAUUGAGCCAGCUUUUUUCCACAGACGAGAAAGAAAAGGUUAUCAUACCAAGAUCUUCCAGUCCGGAUCGACACCCAGGGUCAUCACGUGGAAAACUGAAAGACGUCCUAAUACAGUCAGCUCAAGAUGCAGAGUUUUCUAAACCUGCCCCUCGACUAGAAGAACAUCUCGAUCUCGACCUACGACGAUCUACGAGAUCAUCUGCUCCGGCUACGCGUCCCCGUCUGCCAUCUCCUGACGCUUGGUCAAAAUCACAUCCAGACUGGGAAAAAUCAUGGCCAGCACCGCUAAUAUUCCCCGAAACCGGCAAAAAUAGAGCGACGGUGGACAAAAUUGACAUCCCGAGGUUGAACGAGAGCGAGUUCCUAAACGACAACCUCAUCAACUUUUAUAUUCGCCAUCUUCAAUUCAGGCUGGAAAAGGAAAGGCCCGAACUACUGCGCAAAGUCUACUUCUUUAGUACUUUCUUCUUCGAGAAACUCAAGUCUACAAAAGGCAAGAUAAACUACGACGGUGUCAAAGCUUGGACAGCCAGAGUAGAUUUGCUCUCUUAUGAUUACAUCUUUGUGCCUGUCAAUGAGCAUACUCACUGGUAUCUGGCUAUCAUUUGCAAUCUUCCUAACGCAGCUCAGGCCUCUUUUCCCGAAAGCAAAGAUCCAAAAUCUUCGGAUGGCUCAGUUGAUAAUGCGAUGGAAAUGAUAGAUGCGCCCGAGUCUCCAAGAUUGGCAACAGUCGAAAGAGAUUUGACUGAUAUUUCAUUAGAAGACGUGGAAGCAGCGGUAAAAAAAGACGCGGAUGGCUUCGUUCCAUCCCACCGCACAGCCACACCGUCUACGCCGUCCUCACCCCCUAGAAAGCGGAAAUUUGCAGGGUCUACCCCAUCAAAAUUCGACCCUACGCAACCCAGAAUCAUCACUCUUGAUUCUCUUGGAAGUCCGCACGCUCCAACAAUCAAAGCUUUGAAAGAAUAUCUCGUUGAGGAGGCGAAGGCGAAGAAGGGCAUUACCUUGGAGACUAUUCCUACCGGCAUGACAGCUAGGGGUAUCCCAGAACAGAACAACUUUUGCGAUUGCGGAGUUUUUGUUCUAGGAUAUAUGGAAGAAUUCUUGAUAAACCCAGACGAGGCAGCUCGCAAGCUCUUCUUGAAAGAAGAACUUGGCUGGAACAUUCGUCCAUCUGACCUGCGGAAUCACAUGAGAGAGCUGCUAUUUAAACUUCAAAAUGAGCAGCAAAAACGACACCUACAACAGCGAGAGGAGAAGAGGCUCCUUAAAGCGAAGAGAAAGGCAAUGACCGAAUCCAGCUCACAAGUAUCUUCGCCGCCUAAGCCGGCAGCAUCUCCACCUCCAGCACCGAAAUUGCCCGGUUCUUUCCCCAGCGAGUCGCCGGAAAGGAAACCAAUGUCAGGGACUGAGCCAUCUUCAUCAGAACCUAUACAAGAGGCUGAUAACUUGAAAGACAGUAAAUUGAAUGGCGAGAUAUUGCCUGAAGAUGAGCAGAGAUUCAAAGCGCUCUCAGAGCCCCAAUUUAUCAGCUGCUUAUCAGAUGCGUCAGGCGCCAGCCCUACCAUCACCAAGGGUAAAAUCCCCCCUAUCGCUUCCACAAAAGCGCCCGAAGAGCCACAGUUCAUUGGCUGCUUAUCAGAUGGAGAAAGUGCUAGCUCCAAUCUUCCAAAGAGCAAAAUCCCCCCCAGCGAUUCUUCUUUAGCCUCCAAACGCAAUGGCUACCACGGUAAACUGGUCGUGGAGUUGAAAGCCGUCAAUGGACGCGAUAGAAGCCAAUUUGAAGAAUCUAUUUUGGACGAUGACGACGACGACUCAGUCCAGUUUAUAAAGCAGCAAUCAAGCGCUUCAUCUGAGAAUAACGAGACCACGCCAAAACCAACAGAGACAAGUCGGAAUCGACAUCCAUCUGUGGAGCUUAUUGGAGAGACAAGGAGUCGACCAACGUCGUCCCAUAUGCAUGACCGACAGACUAAAUCCUUCACCAGCGCUAUACCACGAAUGAAAGCGCGAAAAGACAUUAAAUCUGAUGAUACCCGAAGAGGGCCAAGAUACGAGGGCAUUGACAGGUCGACGACAAUAUCCUAAUACAUACGUACAAAUUGUCUUUUUUUUCUUUUUCCCUUUUGAGUUUUUCUCAGUCCUCUAGUAUUUCAUUGCGAGAAGUACAUAUACCGCGAACGAAGCGCAGUUGUGGGCAAGCUUUUGCUUGCUUCGUUUGUUGAUUUUUUGGUCCAUACCAAAUGCACGUUGUGGUUUUAGGGAGAAAUACAGUCGGGCAUAGCAAAUGGCGUCUAAUUCUUGUUUUUUUUUUUUCUUACGGUUUUGUAGGGAUUCAACUUUUCCCGAAUUUCGAGGGGCAUUUCGGUUCGUUGAUUUAUUCAACAUCUCUCGCGUGGCUUGAUAGAUGAUGGAUCUAGUAAAUACUAUACGUGGCUGGUAAUAUUGUUAUGCUAGUGAAAUACAUAUAAACGGAAUAAAGACAAUUGAUUUUAUAAAUAUGACCCACGGUGUUUCACCACAAUGUGUAUGCAUACAUUUUAUGUGGUCUUCAAGAUGUGUAUUAUAUACAAGAACCAAUGCUGUGUACAAACGAUCAGACUUUGCUAUUAUAUGUAAACCUCUAGACUGCUGCCCAUGCUUUCUUUUCACUGUUUUUUAUCAUCGCCCUCUUCGUUUUCUUCUUCUUCUUCUCCUUCCGAUGAAUCAUGUACGCCAUUGGUUGAUGCUCUUGGAAUCUUGGGAAUUUCAAAUAUCACGCCACCGUUUCUUACUCCUUUUCCUUUGCUCACGCUCCAUCUUGCCAGGCGGUGGUCUUUGGCCACGGCGGCGACAAUGCAGACGCCUUCUUCGCCGCGGUCG